AUAUUUUUCAGAGAUGUCUUCAUCAAUUGUGGACACUGGAAUAGCUCGCAUCAAAACGAUAGUAACUGAUAAAGAUAGCGACAUCAAACUUGCUGUGGAGACAUUCUUGUCCAACAAGAAGAACACGAAGAAAAUCAUAGGCCUUGAAACAGAACGGGUUCAAAAAGCAAGAAAGCAAUUCAAAACCGUAUUGCUCCAGCUGUGCGAUGGAGAUCAUUGCCUAAUAGUAAAACUUCCUUGUGAGGAAUCUGUCAAUCUUCCUGUCUCUCUCUUCAAUUUUCUCAACCUACCUCAAUUCACGUUCGUUGGAUUUGACAUCAAGAAGACUCUGGUGAAGCUUGAGAGUGAAUGGGGUUUGACAUGCAAGAACUCUGUUGAGAUCAAUCCCACCACAUGGAACCUACCCGACAUGACGAACGUUGGGAGACGUAUGAUGCAUACUUGUGUUUUUUCUCAGAGACCGACAAGCCCUAUCUUUGAAGAGUGGGACCAAUGUGUUCUUACCAAGGACCAGAUUAAGCUCGCAACCUCAAAUGCUUAUUUCGCUUUUGGAAUUGGAGGCGUUAUGUUGGGCCGUUUUGAGGAUUUUUUUUUUAGUUCCUUCUUUUUUUUUUUUUUUUUGUUGUUGUUCAGUCUUUUAAUUAAGGAGGGGUUAUUGGAUCAUUGA